AUGAAUUACGCUAAGCUCAAAGUCGCCGAGCUUAAGGAGCUACUCACCCAACGCGGACUGUCGGCUACAGGACCCAAGAAACAACAGCUCAUUGACGCCCUUGAAGAAGACGAUGCCGAAUCAGGCGAAUCACCUGAACAAGGUGACGCUGAAGAGGAAGAAGAAGAACAAGUCGAAGUGCAAGCAAAGACAACUGGAAGUACACGCUCGUCUACAAAGAGAAAGGCGUCCUCACCCGCGCUAGCUGGCCCCACUUCCAAACAGCCNAAAAAGGCAAAGGCAGAACCCGUUGCUGCCGACACUCCAACAGAUACCAAGUCUGCUCCUAAGAUCACUGAAGCUCAAUUCGCACCAGCAGGAGCAAAGCUCGAUAUUCCUAUCGAUGACGGUGUCUUUCCCUCGUGGCAUGUCUAUGUUGAUCCUGACACCGGUAUAAUCUACGAUGCCUCGCUCAACCAGACCAAUGCUUCCAACAACAACAACAAAUUCUAUCGUGUUCAGCUCAAAAUAUCCAUAGAUGUUGACAAGGGAGUGCUAACUCAUAUUGUANNGCUCUUAGAGAACUCAUCGGGUAACUACCAAACAUGGACUCGCUGGGGUCGCGUUGGCGAACAUGGACAAACAGCCAUGCUCGGCGACGGCUCACUCGAAGACGCUUUCAGUCAGUUCGAGAAGAAAUUCAAAGACAAAUCCGGCCUCAAAUGGGACGACAGAGGUGAAAAGCCAAAGCCAAAGAAGUAUGUCUUUGUCGAACGCAACUACCUCGCCGACGACGAUAACGAAGCUCCCGCUCAAUCUGGUGCCUCUCCUGAUGGCGAUGAAAGUGCUGCAUACACCCCACCCAAGUGUACCCUGGAACCACCUAUCCAGUCACUGAUGGAGCUCAUCUUCAAUCCCAAAUACUUUGCCAAUACAAUGCAAGCCCUGAACUACGAUGCCAACAAACUGCCUCUUGGAAAGCUCAGCAAAGCCACCAUCACCAAAGGCUUUGAGAUUCUCAAGGAGCUGUCGGCUUUGAUAGGCAAUGCAUCAGUCACUUUCAGCGAUUUCGAGCAACUCAGCAACCAGUACUACAGCUACAUCCCUCACGCAUUCGGAAGAAACCGCCCACCGAUCAUCCGCACACUCGAGAUGCUCAAACCAGAGAUAGAAUUGCUGGACAGCUUGAGUGACCUCAAGAAUGCAGAUGAGAUCUUGAAGAAGGCCAAGGAGACGGCCGGUCAGGUUCACCCUCUCGAUUCGCGCUUCCAAGGGCUCGGCAUGCAGGAAAUGCAAACUCUUACGCCAUCCAGCUCAGAGUUCUCCGAGAUCAGCCAGUACCUCAACAAGACGUGCGGUUCUACCCAUCACGUUAAGUACGAGGUGCAGGACAUCUUCCGCAUCCAGCGUCAGGGAGAGUUCGAGAGGUUCGACAAGAAUGAGUUUACGGUCGGUAGUGACCGUCGUCUCCUGUGGCAUGGAAGUAGGGCAUCAAACUAUGGUGGCAUACUUAGUCAAGGUCUUCGCAUCGCUCCACCAGAAGCGCCUGUCAAUGGUUACAUGUUCGGCAAGGUNGGUGUUUACCUGGCCGAUAUGUCCAGCAAAUCCGCUGGAUACACCUGCUCAUACAACUCUGACGGACAUGCUCUUCUCCUCCUUUGUGAGGCUGAAUUGGGCAAGCCAAUGCAGACUCUUACGGGUGCUAGCUACCAGGCGGCCGAGACUGCCAAAGAUAUGGGUGCCUUGUCUACAUGGGGUCAAGGCAGAACCGCGCCCAAGGCCUGGAAGGACGCUGGAUGCAUUCACCCCUCUCUCACUGGCACAAUCAUGCCGGAUACCACUCAAGACCCUGGCGAUACCAAUGUUGCUGGUGCUUAUCUUCAGUACAACGAGUACAUCUGUUACGAUGUCGCUCAGAUCCGCCUGCGCUACCUCUUGCGUGUGAAGAUGUGA